AUGGCGUUGGCGGCUUUCAACAUCCCAGGAUCCACCGUGUUCCUGGCGACUCUUGCAAGUAAAACAUGUGAGUUUAGAUCUGAAGACUUGACUGCUUCAACGGACUACGCUGGAUAUGAGACACGGGCCCGACGUGUUAAGCAUGGCAGAGCGCAGGCUCUUCGUAAAUGGUACAGACUUGAAAGGCAGAAUGUAGACAACUACCGAAGUUCCAUCGCAUCAUGGACCAGGUCGCCAUCGAACCCCGACGCAUGCUCGGCAGCUAGUACACCGCAGCGGAAAACACACGCAAUGUCGGUAAUGGUGCUGACGGCUCCAGUCAUCUGGGACAUCACAGGAACUGACUUGGAAAGGUCAAUGUUCCGUCACGCCCGCUCCUGCGCAAUACCAGACUUUGGGUCCGAGACGCCAUCGGGCAAACUCUGGAUCAACUACAUCCUGCCUUUGGGCUACUAUUCCGAUGCAGUCAAGUAUGCUAUCAUAGCAUUCGGCAUUGCUCACAGAGCCUUCUUAGACGGCCCCCAACAAGAGAACAACGCUGCCGAAACUAAACUGUCCCUAGACAUCUCAAGUAAGAGGUACUACCAAAAGGCGAUCUCCGAGGUUAUCAAGGUUAUGAAUUGUCCUUCGCCCGCCGAUAUACCAAUCAUCCUCGUCUGCUGCCUAGUGUUCGUCUGCUAUGAAUUCAUCCAAGGAGAGCCCGAGGGGGCUAUUGAGCAUUUGAAAUCCGGAAUCAAAUUAUUAGAAUCAAUUCGCCACACGGCACUGGCAAAUGCUUUGGGCACGGCCCCGUUCCAAACCCAUGAAGCAUGCGUCAUGGCCGCUGUGAAGAACCACUUCGCCCAGCUGUGUGAUAUAGCAGGCAUAUUUUCGUGCAUUGGUUUGGAUAUUUCAAUGGGACUGCAGACACGCGUGGGGCCGGACAUGUCGUUUUUCAUGCACGGCGAGCUGGGUGGCGAUAGUCCGUUCUCUGAUGUCGCGGACGCCCAGUAUCACCUACACCUAGUCGAGCUCAUGCUUUCCGACGGCCGCAAUGAGCUGUCGAUGCUGCCAGCCGACGAGUUUGGCUCCGCAUCGUUUACCUGCCCGGAAAAUCACGCUAUAGACUCAUUCGUGGGAUGGCAUGGCGCUGCUAAGCAGUUUGAGAGGUGGUGCGCUCGCUUUGACGCUUUUGAAGAAAACUUGCCGCAUCAGACACGGGAGGUGAACCGCGAGGAGCUACUUACGUUGCGACUCUUGAGGAAGGGGUGGGAACUCUGCAUUCGGCACUUUCUGGUCAAUGAGGGUUUAAUGUACGAAUGGAAGAUGCAUCGGCUGGUAGACAUGGCGGAAAAUAUCGUUGACGGUAGAGGCAGUAGAUCGAGGCCUCUGUUUUCUGACACCGCUCACAUCAUUCCAUCUCUGUCAUAUAUAUGCGUCACUUGUGGUAACUACAAGUUAGAGCGGAGGUGUAUUGAUGUUUUGCGAAAAAUGAAGAAAAGGGAAGGUCUUUGGGACAGCGAAGAAAUAGUUGAGGCCCUCGAGUUCAUCCUGGUGGCAAAGCGGGACAACCAGUGGAAGGAUGAGUAUUUGGUGGAUGGCCUACCUACCUUUGCGAAACGAAUCGUGGGUACACGACCUCGAAGUAUAUAA